CCACCCGCCGGACCACAGGGGAUCGCGGCUCCGGGCUCCGGAAGGGCGCCCAGGGUGCAUCUACCAGAGCGGCUGCGCGACGUUUUUCCGGCGGGACUGCACGGAGGAAGGUUCUGGGGACAGUCCGCUGGCCCGGCGCCUGGCCUUGCGCGCUCGGAGUCACCGAGAAGACGAGUCCGUCGCCCCUGCCGCCCCUCGCUGUCCCAGCCAUGGCCACACGCCUCCUCCGCAGGGCCCUACGCUUGUGGGGCGGCCGCUGUGCGCCGAGCGUGCCGCCGGCAUCGAGAUGUUCUCAUUCUGGAGGGGAGGAACGUCUAGAAACUCCUUCUGCUAAAAAAUUAACAGAUAUAGGAAUUAGAAGAAUCUUCUCUUCAGAACAUGACAUUUUCCGGGAAAGUGUAAGGAAGUUUUUUCAAGAAGAAGUGAUUCCUCAUCACGCAGAAUGGGAGAAAGCUGGAGAAGUGAGUAGGGAGCUUUGGGAAAAAGCUGGAAAACAAGGACUGCUUGGUGUCAAUAUUGCAGAGCGUCAUGGUGGCAUUGGGGGGGACUUGUACUCGUCAGCUGUUGUUUGGGAGGAGCAAGCAUAUUCGAAUUGCACAGGCCCAGGUUUUAGUCUUCAUUCGGAUAUUGUCAUGCCCUAUAUUGCAAACUAUGGCUCAGAAGAACAGAUUAAGCACUUCAUCCCCCAGAUGACUGCAGGGAAAUGUAUUGGUGCCAUAGCAAUGACAGAGCCUGGGGCUGGAAGUGAUUUGCAAGGAGUGAGAACAAAUGCCAGAAAGGAUGGAAGUGACUGGAUUCUCAAUGGAAGCAAGGUAUUCAUCACUAAUGGGUGGCUAAGUGAUGUUGUGAUCGUAGUGGCAGUCACAAAUCGUGACGCUCGCUCUCCUGCCCAUGGCAUUAGCCUUUUUCUGGUGGAAAAUGGGAUGAAAGGAUUUGUCAAGGGACGAAAGCUACAUAAAAUGGGACUAAAAGCCCAGGAUACUGCAGAAUUAUUCUUUGAAGAUGUACGUUUGCCAGCACGUGCCCUACUUGGAGAAGAGAAUAAAGGCUUCUAUUACCUCAUGCAAGAGCUUCCACAGGAAAGGCUACUGAUUGCUGAGUUGGGAGUUUCAGCCAGUGAAUUCAUGUUCGAAGAAACCAGGAACUACGUUAAACAAAGAAAAGCUUUUGGGAAAACAAUCGCACAUAUACAGACAGUGCAGCAUAAGCUAGCAGAAUUAAAAACACGCAUUUGCGUAACCAGAGCUUUUGUGGACAGCUGUCUCCAGCUGCAUGAAACGAAACGUCUGGACUCUGCCACUGCUUCCAUGGCGAAAUAUUGGGCAUCUGAGUUACAGAACAGUGUAGCUUAUGACUGCGUGCAGCUGCAUGGAGGCUGGGGAUACAUGUGGGAGUACCCAAUUGCAAAAGCUUAUGUGGAUGCCCGAGUUCAGCCAAUCUAUGGUGGUACCAAUGAAAUAAUGAAGGAGCUAAUUGCAAGAGAGAUCGUCAGUGACAAGUAGACAUCUGCCCACAUCCUGGAAUCCUAUUACAACUAAUCUGGUUUUAAAUCUACUCAAGAUAAAAUACAACCUGGAAAGGGAGGGAACACUAAACAUGUUUUUAUAUGUUCUUUCUACAGAGAAAGAAAUCAAAUACAAAUACAAGAUUAACACAGUGGGAGGAGAAAUUUUGAAUCGAAAUAUCCUAAAGUUUUCUAUUAUAAAGGUUGGUAGGAUCCUAAACCUUUCCAAUUAAAAGGUUUAACUUUUCAUUUUUUCUAUAGCUAAAAGGCAAAGAUUUUCUGAUUCUAGAAGCCUUAAUGUUUCAUUUAUCCUUAAAAUUCUAAGAGCAUAGUCACUUAGAUCUUUAAAAUUGAGGCAGAAAUAAUUUUGUUAUUAUACUAUAAAAAUGGGAUUAAUAAUAUUUACAGCACAUUGACUUUAAAAAGGAAAAAUAAAUAUAAUUUACAAUGCAAAAUAUGUUUAGCUAUCUCUUAGUCCAAAUUCCUCCAAACAGUGGUUUCUACCACCCUAUCCUAAACCUCUGUUUUUAAGUAAUGAAACACUUUCUUCAAGCCAAAGCUUAUGCCAAGUCCUUGUGAAAUCCUGUUGUGUGAAGAGCUGCUCUGGUUGAAGCAGGAAGCCUUCCUACCUUAUAGCCUUAGAAUCACUAGACUCAGCGAAGCAAAUCCCCACUAGAGAAUGCCACUGGUUGCCUCAACCACUGACCCCUGGGCUUUCAACAGAUUUCCAUCCCAGUUUAAUUUCUAGGAGAACACAGAAUAAUCCAUCAUCCUUUAGUUUCAAGAUAUUGGUGUAUUUAUAGGUAUCAAAACAGUGACUUUUAUUUUGGAGCAGUGUAAUUUUUUAAUUAAUUUAACAGAUUUACACUUUGUGUCACCUAUAAGCCAGGCUGUUAAAAAUAUGAUGAGAAAUAUGAUUUAAAAAAUUGGCAAGAUCCCUGCUAAUAAGUGAAUAAAUAAGUUGUAAUAAAUAAGGUAAGAAGCAAGUAAAUAAAAUAAUUUCAAAUAAUGAUAAAGGCAGUAAAGGAAAUAAAGUAAGCAUUUAAAGUAGGAAAGUGAGGAAAUGACGUUCAGUUUGAGACUAUUAUCAAAAAAUAAGCCAUUGAUUUGUAAACUGCCAGCAUCAUUUUAGUACUUGUUUUUCUUUGCAUAUAUUGCUGAGACAGUGAAUAAAGUAGUUUUUAAAUGGAAAUAAA